AAUACAUUGCCAACAGUACACUAGCGACUCCAUUCCACCAGACUUCGUCAGACUUGAACGGUGAGUUCUUCCAUCCGGUGUCAGACUUCGUCUCCCCAAAUAUCUAUCUUGAAACGAAUGUGCAGGCAAUGCAGUACUCUUCAUAAGUGAUCCCAUUCUGUUCCGAUCGAUGCACCUUGCAGACCUUCUUGCAGGCCAGAAGCUGCAAGCAUGGAUGAUGACGGGCUGGGAAAGCCGUUGCUUGGACCUGAGAGUUUCAGCACCGAAGACAUUGAUCUGGGGAACCUCCCCCUGGAAGACGUCUUUGAGCAGCUGAGCACGUCCCGCAGUGGACUCUCCUCAGCGGAUGUCGCGGAACGGCUGCAGCUGUUCGGCGCAAACCGACUGGAGGGGAAGCGUGAGAACAAGGUUCUCAAGUUCAUCAGUUUCAUGUGGAACCCACUGUCAUGGGUAAUGGAGGCAGCAGCAAUCAUGGCACUGGUCUUGGCAAAUGGGGGUAGUCAGGGUCCGGACUGGGAGGACUUCGUGGGAAUCGUCUGCCUUCUUUUCAUCAACUCAACGAUCAGCUUCGUGGAGGAGAACAAUGCAGGCAAUGCCGCGGCUUGUCUCAUGGCCCGCUUGGCGCCUAAAACAAAGGUUCUUAGAGAUGGGAAAUGGCAAGAGCUGGAUGCUUCUGUAUUGGUACCCGGGGACAUCAUCAGCAUCAGGCUUGGUGACAUUGUCCCUGCAGAUGCGCGACUACUCGAGGGGGAUUCUCUCAAAAUUGAUCAGUCAGCUCUCACUGGAGAAUCCCUACCUGUCACCAAAAGGACUGGCGACCUAGUAUUCACUGGUUCAACAUGCAAGCAUGGUGAGAUCGAAGCUGUCGUCAUUGCAACCGGGGUCCGCUCUUUCUUCGGGAAGGCAGCUCAUUUGGUGGACUCUACAGAGGUUGUUGGCCAUUUCCAGAAGGCAAGUCACCACACUAGAAUGUCAUUUGAUAUGUUGAGCAUUAGUUGCACGGAAGUGUCUAUGGGGUGAGCUGAAUUUUCCUACUGAAAAUUUCAGGUUCUUACCUGCAUAGGCAACUUUUGUAUCUGCUCCAUCGUGGUUGGGGUGAUCGUCGAGGUUAUCGUCAUGUUCGCGGUCCAGCACCGGUCAUACCGGGUCGGAAUUAACAAUGUGCUUGUGCUUCUGAUCGGAGGGAUACCGAUUGCGAUGCCGACUGUUUUGUCGGUCACACUUGCAAUAGGUUCUCAUCACCUAUCUCAACAGGGUGCCAUCACCAAAAGGAUGACAGCCAUUGAGGAGAUGGCAGGAAUGGAUGUUCUCUGCUGUGACAAAACCGGAACGCUCACUGUCAACCAUCUUACUGUCGACAAAAACCUAAUCGAGGUUUUCAGCGGAGGAAUGGACAGGGACAUGAUUAUCCUGUUGGCUGCAAGAGCAUCAAGAGUGGAGAACCAAGAUGCUAUCGACAUGGCCAUCAUAAACAUGCUGGCUGAUCCCAAAGAGGCACGCGCUAACAUCACUGAAGUUCACUUUCUCCCGUUCAAUCCCGUCGACAAAAGGACGGCGAUAACAUACAUUGAUUAUGGUGGCAAUUGGUUCCGGGUCAGCAAAGGUUCUCCUGAGCAGAUCCUCAACCUGUGCUACAACAAGGAUGACAUCGCCGAGAAGGUGGAGCGUGUCGUCAACAGAUUUGCGGAGAGGGGCCUCCGAUCACUAGCAGUUGCUUACCAGGAGGUCCCGGAGAAAUCAAGGCACGGCCAAGGCGGGCCGUGGGUCUUCUGCGGCUUGCUGCCGCUGUUCGACCCGCCGCGGCACGACAGCGCCGACACCAUCCGCAAGGCCCUGGAUCUCGGCGUAUGUGUGAAGAUGAUCACCGGCGACCACCUGGCCAUCGCCAAGGAGACGGGCCGGCGCCUCGGGACGGGGACCAACAUGCACCCGUCGGCGGCGCUGUUCGGCCGCGGUGGUGAUCGGGCGGCGGCUCCGGUGGAGGAGCUCGUGGAGAGCGCGGACGGGUUCGCGGGCGUGUUCCCGGAGCACAAGCAUGAGAUCGUGCGGCUUCUGCAGGCGCAGGGCCACGUGUGCGGGAUGACCGGAGACGGCGUGAACGACGCGCCGGCGCUGAAGAAGGCCGACAUCGGCAUCGCAGUGUCCGACGCGACGGACGCCGCCAGGGCCGCCGCCGACAUCGUGCUCACGGAGCCCGGCCUCAGCGUCAUCGUCUCCGCCGUCCUCACCAGCCGCACCAUCUUCCAGCGCAUGAAGAACUACACGAUUUAUGCAGUGUCCAUCACUAUACGGAUAGUGCUUGGGUUUGUUCUUCUGGCGUCAAUAUGGGAAUACGAUUUUCCUCCAUUUAUGGUCCUGAUCAUAGCCAUACUGAACGAUGGGACUAUCAUGGCGAUAUCGAAGGAUCGAGUGAAGCCAUCGCGGAGACCGGAUAGCUGGAGGUUGAACGAGAUCUUCGCAACCGGGGUUGUCAUAGGGACGUACCUCGCACUGGUGACGGUGCUGUUCUACUGGGCAGUCACAAGAACCACAUUCUUCGAGUCUCACUUCAGUGUGGGAUCUCUGAAGAGUGACACCGAGAAGAUCUCGUCGGCGAUGUACCUGCAGGUCAGCAUCAUCAGCCAGGCCCUGAUAUUCGUCACGCGCAGCAGGGGCCUCUCCUUCCUCGACAGGCCAGGGACUCUGCUCGUCUGGGCUUUCGUCCUAGCUCAGCUGGUGGCUACCCUCGUAGCAGUAUACGCCACAGUCAGCUUCGCGUCGAUCAGCGGCAUCGGGUGGCGCUGGGCCGGCGUCAUAUGGCUGUACAGCUUGGUGUUCUACGUCCCGCUCGAUCUGAUCAAGAUCGCCGUCCGCUACACCCUCAGCGGCGAGGCGUGGAACCUGCUCUUCGACAGGAAGACUGCAUUUGCAAUGAGAAGAGACCACGGUAAGGAGGCGAGGUGGGCGCUGUCGAAGAGAGGCGGCGUGCAGCGGAGGGCGCUCUCUGAUCAUCUCAUCAGCAGCAGGACGCCGCCGUAUCGGCAUUCUCUCGCCGCAGAGCACGCGAAGAGGCGCGCCGAAAUCUCCAGGCUGGGAGAAACACACGCUCUGAGGGCGCACGUCGAGUCUAUGAUGAAGCUCAAGCGUGCGGGUUCGCACGCCAUCGGGUCAGCGCACUCCCUUUGAUGAUCUGCUCCGGAUGCCUUGAAAUGGUAUUCCCUCUAUUCAUAAAAGAAUGUCGAAAAUUUGUCCAAAUUCGACUGUAUCUAUUCACUAAAACGUGUCUAGAUACAUUUGAAUUUGGGCAAACUUCCAACAUGCUUUUAUGGACAGAGGUAGUAUGAAUGUUCAGAGGAAAAUGCAGCAGCUACUUCUCCUGAAACAGUGCCACGCAAUGAUCACACCCAAUGAUCCGAUGAUCUUGCUUUUGUAAGCUGAUACGGACAUCAGCAAUUUUAGUUAUCAGGAGUUUUGAUAUGGCUAUGUUUAUUCGGGGCACUCGUAGAUGAUUUUUUUUUUUUUUGAGCGGUACUCGUAGAUGAUGUAAGUUAGAUAACCUGCCAGCAAUAAAAUGUGAUGUCAGGGUACACAAGGACAACAUUGACUCUGCCACCUACCAUCUCAGUCUUAGUAAAAA